CUAGGCACGUAACGCGCACGUACGUACGCAACAGAGGAGCACUGCAGGUGACAGCAGCUGUUGUGCGGUGAUGAUGUAAUGUUGCUACGGAUGGCGGUGUGUGCCAGGCUCUGUGGAGUGGGUCAGUCGCGGCGGUGCAGGCGGCGGCAGAGGCACAGCCAGGCGGAUCAGGACAGCGACUCCGAGAUGGACAUGGACGAGGAGGAGGAAGAGGAGAGGGUCGUGGGCAAAAUAAAAGACGAGCCCGAUGGCAGCAGCGUCAGUGUCAGUCGGAGCAGCAGCUGUCAUAACAGCUGCGCCGCGGGGCCUAGCGGAGCCGGUGGACUCGCUUCUCGGAACUCGGCCUCGACAGGGCCACCACACCCGCAGUCGCUGCUGGAUCUGCCGCCGGAGCUUCUAGUGGAGAUCUUCGCGUCUCUGCCCGGCACUGCGCUGCCCAACCUGGCGCUAGUGUGCAAGAAAUUCAGGCAGAUCCUCAACACGGAAACAAUCUGGAGGAGGAGAUGUACAGAGGAAUUCGGAAUGAGAGACGACCUGCGGAAGAUGGAGAUCGUGGGGAUGUCGAGCCGAGAUCUGUAUGUGAAACGUGUGAACCCGCAGGUGAAGUCGGGACGCUUUAUGAAGCUCCUCCCUGAUUAUGAGCAUAUGGACUAUCGGGACGUGUACACACACUUGUUACAUCCCUAUAGACACAUCUUGGGUCUCUGGCAGCCUGAUAUCGGGCCCUACGGAGGACUGCUGAAUGUGGUGGUUGACGGGCUGUUCAUCAUAGGCUGGAUGUAUUUACCGCCCCAUGAUCCCCGUGUGGAGGAUCCCAUGCGUAGACGGCCACUCUUCCGCAUACAUAUGUGGGAGAAAAACAAAGCUACGGUCGAAUGCAUGUACGGACACAAGGGCCCUCAUAAAGGAGACAUUCAGACUGUGAAGAAAGAUGAAUUUUCCACCAAAUGCAACCAGACCGAUCACCAUCGAAUGCCUGGAGGAAGGCAAGAGGAGUUCAGAACGUGGUUGGAGGAGGAAUGGGGAAGAACACUAGAGGACAUUUUCCACGAGCACAUGCAGGAAUUGAUCCUCAUGAAGUUUAUUUACACCAGCCAAUAUGAUAAUUGCCUGACGUACCGGCGGAUUUAUCUGCCCCCGUGCCUCCCUUCAGACCUCCUGCAGCCGGGCCUCUUCAAAGGGACGUACGGCAGUCACGGCCUGGAGAUCAUUAUGCUGAGCUUCCACGGCUCCAAGGCCAAAGCCACCAAACUUACUGGUGACCCCAAUGUCCCAGCAGGUCAGCUGACGUUAGAAAUCGACCUGAACCACCCGGUGCGUCUGCCGGAUCUGGAGCACCAGCGCAGCAUGGAAGAGCUCUCUCGCCUGGUGCUGGGGGUGCAUGAGGAGGCCCAGAGAAGUCCACAGGCCGGGGACGCCCCAUCAGAGGCUGCGGAGGCGGACCCCCCUCAGGGGGCGGAGGGCUCAGAUUCAGCGACCCCUGCUGGAGCGGAGGAUAUGGAGCCGGGAGCUGCUGCCUGUAGUGCUGCACCUGAACCGCAACCGUUUGUGCUGCCUCUGGGAGUCAUGGCCCGUAAUGAAGUGUACCCGCGCACCUGCAAGAUGUGGUGAGUCUGAUACUGUACUGCAUAUCUUAU